CUCAGCUUGUACCAGGUAGUUUUGAGUGAACACUAUUCACUACCAUUCAAGCUGAAACACAAUGUGUUCCCUGCAGCAUGUGAAUCCCAGAGUGAGGGGAAUCGGCGACUCGCCCCAAAGUGCACUGCAACGCCUGGCAGCAGACCUCACACGCCAGCUCACACAGGGGGCACAGAAACCCUUCAAACGGGUGAUAGACGUCAGCUCAGGUGACCCCCACAAAGCAGGAAUGAAGCCCAUCUCAUUUGUUCGACAGGUCCUGUCUGCUUGUCUGUACCCUGAGCUGCUGGAAGACAAAAGUCUUCCUCCGGAUGUUAAGACGAGGGUGCACAGGCUGCUGGAGACUUGUGAUGGAGGAAGCGUGGGUUCCUACUCUGAAUCCUCUGGCCUGCCUCACGUCAGACAAAGCAUUGCUGAGUUCAUCACCAGGCGAGACGCUGGUGUGCCUUCAUACGCAAAAGACAUUUUUAUUUGUGCUGGUUCUCAGAGAGCCUUGAUGAUUGUUGUUAAGCUCAUGGCCAGUGGGGAGGGGGACGCUCGGACUGGCGUCCUGAUCCCCACGCCCUGCCCCCACACCCUGCCCCCCGUGCUGGACGAGGCAGGGGCCGUAGCGGUGCCGUAUGAGCUGAUGGAGGAGAGAGACUGGGCCGUGGACCUGGAGGAGCUGCAUCGAGCGGUGGCCGCCGCUAGGGGGCGCUGUGAACCCAGAGCGCUUUACAUCAGCAACCCAGGAAACCCCACAGGUCAUCUGCAGGACAGGACCUCCAUAGAGGACGUGAUUCGGUUCGCAGCAGCUCAGAAGCUCGUGUUGUUGGUGGAUGAGGUGUUCCAGGACAGCGUGUUUGAAGCCGGCAGAGAGUUUAUCUCCUAUAAGAAAGCCUUGUUUGACAUGGAUAAAGAAUUCUCGCAGACAGUGGAGCUGAUCUCCUUCCAUUCCUUAUCAAGCGCCUGCAUGGGAGAAUGUGGGCUGAGGGCGGCGUACAUGGAGACAGUCAACAUGGAUCCAGAGGUCAUGACCUUUGUUGACACUAUGCUGUGCGGGGACAUCACUACUCCAGUCACAGGACAACUUGCUCUGGAAGUCAUGACCAACCCACCCCGGCCUGGAGAGCCUUCACAUGACACCUACACACAGGAAGUCCGCCUCGUCCGGGCCACUCUGGUCCAGAAUGCUCAGCGAGCCUGUCGGAUCCUCAACGACCUCCCGGGGAUGAGCUGCCGGCCCGCGACGGGCGGAAUCUACCUCUACCCGCACCUGCACCUACCGCCCGAGUGUGUUGAGCAAGCCAAGGCAUUGCAGCUGGAAGCAGAUGUUCUGUACUGUCAGCAGUUACUGGCAGAGGAGGGUGUGUUUGUGGGCGUGGGUGGAUCGGCUCGUAACCACCAUCUCAGGUUGUGUGUCCUUGUUCCCUCCGACACCCUGGACGAGGUCCUGGCUCGCCUCGCCUCCUUCCACCUUCGCCUCAUGGGCAGAUUCCUCUCUGACUGACGGGUCGGGUUGGGCAGAACCUGGAUCGGCUCCGGGCUGUUAGAACCUCUCUCUCAGGUUGUGUCGUGGCUCCUCCUGCUGCUCUGGUUCUGGUCCAGGUCCUGGCACGGCUUCAGACUGUCCACCUGCGUCCGUCGGACACGUUUCCCUGACAGAAAUGUCAAGGACGAGGCUCUGAGGAAUAAUGGCACCGGGUGGUCGACUCCCACUGACAUCACCUGAACCUACACUGAUAAUCAAGCAGCAGCUUGCUUUUAUUUCUGCCAAGUGCAUGAUUAUCUUUAAGUGGAACUAAUUUAGAAUUUGGCUGCGUGAUAAUGAUUCAUUAAACUGAUAAAAGUCA